AUGAAUAGGAAUGGCCUCAAUAUCUUGCCCAGCUAUACCGAUUACUUCAAUCUGAAUACCGCCACUCUGUCUCUCAAUACAGCCGCACUCUGGAUCGGUGGCGCCAUUGCUGGUCUGACUUAUGGCCAAGUAACUGAUAGGAUCGGACGCAGAUAUGCAUUAUUUUGGGCGGCUAUUGGAACAUUUUUGUCCAUCGUGCUUCAGACAGCUGCGCAGAAUACUGCGAUGUUUGUGAUAGCUAGAAUUCUGGUUGGAUACGGAACUUCUGCCUCCACCCUUACCGGACCGACAAGAGGCAUUGGUGGUUGUGGCUCAGACUCAUGCGAAUGGAGAUACGUCGAAUCCUGUUGUAUUAGCGCAAUACCAAGAGAUUAUCGACACGAUAGAGUACGAGAGAAAUGUUGGCGAGACUCUGAGCAUGAAGCAGAUGGCCAAAAAACCAGUUGCAAGGAAAAGGGUAUCCCUAGCGAUCUCAGCCGCAGUAAUUUCUACCAUUUCAGUGUAUGGAGCAUCAAGGAACAAGUCCGACGUGGUAAAAGUAAAUGGGGACGAUGUUCCAGAAAGAAUUGA